AUGGCCUCCAAGGACGAUGCCGAUUACCGCAUGAAACUCACUGAUGCUAAUCUCAAGAUACGUAAAGUGAAAGUCAAUCCUAGCAUUUCCGUGGGCCAUGAAAUCGCGUUGAAAAAGGGACCUGCCAUCUAUCAUGUUCGUUGUGUCGAAUGCAAAAGCUUCAUCGUCCCCGCAGGGAAUUUCUCCCUGAGGAAAGAUAGCCUUUUCAAUGGACUGGUGCUGAAAACAUUUGUCUUCAGAAUGGUCGAAAGCGACGUGUUUAACGGUGCCCUGAAAAAGCGUGUCCUCCAUUGGAAUAACCGUCAAAGGAGAAGAAAUGCCAUUUAA